AUGGAGCAAAUGCUACCCAGUCCGGGGUUUUCAAUCCCAAGUAUCGGUACUCCGUUACACCAACCGGAAGAAGAUCAACAAAUUUUGCCACAUGCUUACCAGCAGCAACAAUCCAUGCCACACAUGACACCAAUGGGCGGCCUUAGUUCGAGCAAUUACAGCAUACCACCAAUUGGAUCGUCCUCAGGAAAGAGUAUGCAUACAUAUGCCCCAAGCUUUUCCACGCCCCAGAACAUGAUUCAACCACAGACCCCUCAAAGCCUAAUGUCUCCGAUGGUACCAAUGACGGAAUCAAAAGCUUCAGCAACACCAAGCCAAACUCAAGGCAGCGGUGGCAGUAUUCGAGAUCCGGAAAAUAUUGGCAGCGUAAACAUUCACCAAACGAUGGGGCCCGCUACCCCCAUGACGCCAAUGACGCCAAGUGAACCGGCAAUCCUUCCCCAGCUACAAAAUAUUGUCUCAACGGUGAAUCUUAGCUGUAAGCUAGAUCUCAAGAAAAUAGCCCUGCACGCGCGUAAUGCUGAAUAUAAUCCAAAGCGUUUUGCCGCUGUGAUUAUGCGAAUUCGGGAACCACGCACGACCGCUCUUAUUUUCUCGUCCGGAAAGAUGGUGUGUACUGGCGCCAAAAGUGAAGACGACUCAAGAUUGGCUGCGCGCAAAUACGCGCGCAUUAUACAAAAGCUGGGAUUCACCGCCAAAUUUCUCGACUUCAAAGUACAAAACAUGGUUGGUAGCUGUGACGUGCGAUUUCCGAUUCGAUUGGAAGGGCUAGUAUUGACGCACGGUCGUUUCAGUUCGUAUGAACCCGAACUUUUUCCUGGUCUCAUCUACCGUAUGGUGAAGCCACGCAUCGUACUUCUUAUAUUCGUUUCUGGCAAAGUUGUCCUAACAGGUGCCAAGGUGCGACAGGAGAUUUAUGAUGCAUUUGAAAACAUUUAUCCAAUUCUUAAGAGCUUCAAAAAACAAUAGAACAAUAGCAUUUUCCAUGAAACUAUGUUUUUAUGGCGAAAUAUAGAUUUACCAUGUACACUUCUGUAACUCAAGGACUAGUAAAGUAAAUGCUAAGUAUUUACUUGCGCUGCUAAAAACAUUUUCGCAAAUAAACAGAUUACUAUGCA